AUUUUGACAGGACGCACCUCAAGUCUCUCCAACAGAGGCGACGUUCUCUCUACCUGAGGGAGUCUCAGGCAUCCAAUUCUAAAACUCUUGACCUCGUCCACCCCACGAUGUGAGCAGCUAUUACUGUACGAGUGCGAUGUUCCCAUACAACCUGGCGAAGAUCUUCGACGGCCGAAUCUUAGUCCAGGUUGGGAAAGCAGCACUCCCAAAUGGCUCCCCGAAAGCUUGUAGGAGAAAGAAACUCUAAGAGUGGAGCUGGUUGUGGUCGCGAUGAUUCUCGGUGCCAGGACUCGCCGCUAGGAGCCGGUUACAGCUGAUGGUCUUCACAUCUUGAGAAGCCAAUCUCUAGUUGCGUAAUGGCAGAGGCAAAUUGUUGCCGCAAUAGUGGAAAAGGAAUUGCAGUCAACUUCAUUCAGCAACUUGCGCAAGACAUCAACACUCAUACCAUUCACAUAGUUUUGCUCGCAGCUCAUAAUGCCGAUCGGAAGCUCUAACCAAACUCCAUGUUUCAUACCGCGAAAGUAGUGGGCUCUGAAGAUGGGUGAUUUAAUGCAGUUUGUGUAAGAAGGUCAUGGCUGGCUGCUGUGAACCCAGAUCUGGGUGUGUUGGACCCAUGUAAGAUGUGGAGCAGGAGCACAGUCUGAUACAAUGCCGGUGGAAUUCUGUCGAGAGAACUGCCCAAAGAGGAUUGAACUGUGUAGGUCCAACCAUGGAACGUGGAAUGAGGGUCAUCGCAUCGGAUGCGGCCAGUGGAACGAUAGCAUGUUGCCGAGUCCUACAAGAACGGGUCAGUUCUCGCCACAUGCAAGAAGCGCCAGUAAGCCAACGCCAAAAUCAUUGACUCCACAGCAGAGUAGCAAAUUUCGUGUUCUUGCCACCUUAAAGAAGUUUGGGCGUGGCCCUAAUUGCAAGGAAUCUCGAUGUGCUGCUACCGACCCACACUAUACUAAGCCUAAUUUUGGCAUGUCGGACAAACAAAGAAGGAAAAGAAGGGUGAAGAAGACUGAAAUACAAUCUCCCCCGACUACAAUUGUUAAGAAGACAUACAGCAACAUGAUACAUAUGAGGAACAAGUUUUUCAACGAUGAGAAUUACGACAUAACGAUGGGCUUGAAGAAUCUGAAGAAAGUAAUUGAAUCGAUCGAUGUUGAGAUGACGAAAGUUUUUCCAAUGCCAUAUGAGCAAAAGUGUGAGCGCAAAUGUUUAGAAUGUACUCUUGCACCCUCCAAACGAUUGGAACAAGCGACAGAUGUUCCUGCGAAUAGCACUGAUGCUACGAGUACUGGUUUGAAAUGUUUGACAACAUCAAAAACGGAGACAAGCAUCACAGAAGCAGAGUCUUGCGAACCGAAGGCGGAUGAGAUUUCUGUGGGUAGGCUAUUGACAGAUGUCAACUCCAACUUGAUGCCGGAACCUGUUCACGAACAAACAUCGCGGAUUCCAGUUACCAAACUGCAAAUUUCCACACCACUUCCAAGGAUAGCUCUACUUCAGCCAAAACUUGAGUCACUACCACCUUUGUCCAAGCUGGAGGAAGGACUCAACAAAUCUCCAGUUAAAAUUCCAAGACCGAAAUCUUGGAAGUCAUCAAAAAUGCACAAUCCCCUCCCAUUUACCACUUCAACAAAAUCGCCACGCAAAGCAUCUUCCUAUCCACAGUGGGUGAUGCCUAGAAAACCGACUUCAGGGCUGUUCACGCCGCAACAGACCUUCCAACUUCAGAGCACCUCGCCUCGCUCGCAUCCACUGCAACGAGAACCUCAAACUCAACCCGUGGAAUUAUGCUUGGCAUCACCAGAAUUAAACCAAGCCCCGAUGAACACUUCCCAACAAUCCUCCACAAAAUCCUCUAACCAGUCCUCGCAAGGCGGCGGCUCCGUCACCGCCACGACCUCCGACCUCGAAAAAAACAGCCUCACCACUGAAGAAGCAGCCUCCAUCAACUGCUCAACUCCAGAAUCGAUUCCAGCAACUGCAACUCCGAUGUACUGCCUAUGCAGCUCGUGCGGCAAGCCAGAAAGAGUCUCAGACACAUUCCAGCCAAACGCCUCGGGGAUGUACCGGAGCAACCCACUCUACAGUCCACUGCGACAUCUAGCUGGAGGGACCCAUCCAAUCAUCACACACAACAACACAACAUCGACAAAUGUACCGAAUCCGACCAGUGUCGGCAGUAGGAAACUGCACACGAUUCUAGAGAUUGUGGUGUUGGUUUUGCUCGGGGGAAUUCUGUCACUAGGGUUGAUCCCGUAUGUGCAGUUAGUGUUCCGAGCUUACGUUGUGGAUUAUUGUCGGUGCUAUUCUAAAGGUACUGCACCUGGAGAAGCGGCAAGCGAGGCGGUGAAGGGCGGCGUGGUGAAGUGGGUCAGCUGUCUUCUUGACGCUAAUCGUGCAACCUUGACUCUUGUAAGAUGAUCAUCGCACCAUGUUCAUGAUUCCACCGUCAAAUACGUCUUUUGUCUCGGCCUAGAUUGUGCGAAAUGCAUUGCGCAUGAUCGUUUCCGAUGUCGGUGGUUCCCUGGUGGCAUGAAUCACUGGUGUCGGUAACAGCGCCACAAAGACGAGUGUCUACCUGUUAUGAUUGCAUAAAGGGAGUGGGUUAGUUCUGUGAACUUAGUUUUCUAGUAAACAAACAUUGUUGCGAUGAAGAAGCAACAGAAGGAAACCAUGACGCUAUGAUAAGCAAUAGUCGUUGACUGAUUUGUAAGUCUUUUGUUGCAAGCAGACUUCUGUUGCAAGAAGUCUUCUUAAAUUGACUUCCAAAACCGUAUGUUUGGUUUUUUGAUAUCAUGGUAAUUUGACAAAUUUUACUAGCAAUAUUUUAUUUGCAUUUUACUGGAUGUUUGAAGUGUUCCAGAUUUCCAAAAAAACUUUACUCUUUCUGAAGCGUUCUUUAGAUUCACAUCCAAAUGUUUGCCUUCAUCUUCGUUUAUUAAUUUGAAAAGACGUGCAUCUAUAUAAAAUUUAUUCAGAAGAUACUAUUU